AUGAGUUCUACUCUUCCUGACCAGUUGGUUUCUCUGAACACCAUAAUAUAUCUCGGAUAUGAUGAUGACAAAGCUUCAGAAAUCUGGAACAAAUGGACUGCCCAAGCACCCGGUGAUCCAGUCCCGGAGUUGGUUUCUGUCCCCCCCUUUGAACUCAAAUUUGUUGAUUUUAUUAUCGAUUACUCCCAUUCAUGUCAUGACGACUUGGAUGCUGAUAGCGGCGACGAUACGAAAUGGCAUGAAGUCAUGGACCGGUAUGGAAUCAAUGAAGACACCCAACGCGCACUCAUGGAUCCUGCAUUCAGACAGGUUCGGUUGACCGAGACAUGCCAAUAUUGGAUCCGAGAUACAAUUGAACUAAGAUACGAAGCACUCAAAGAAGUACGAGAAAAAGAUCAGGAUAUCGAGAGAGCGUCGACAUCUCAUGACAUGUCAGGGGGAGAGGCUGGUUACCGUUCGGCUUUAGAAGUUUCUCAAGACACAGCAAUGUCAGAAGUCGCCUUGUGCUCUACCAAUGCACCAGGCACAUUUACUCUAUAUCGGGGCAUGGAUAAAAGUCGCUUGAAGAAGCUAUUCGACCGAAAUGGCAACUUGGAUAAUAUUCAGAGGCUGAUAUCACAGCCACCAACCGACUUUUGUGGCAGAGAGGCAGCUUAUUACUUUGUAGCUGAUCGCGAUAUUGCGAUACAAUAUGCCUUCUUCGCGAAACGCCGCAGCGAUGCAAGUUCGCCUGUUGUAGUUCAUGCUGCAUUUCAAAAUUCGGCAAUUGAAUGUCUUUCAGAAGUCGAGAUACAGCGAGUAUAUUGGCCAAGCGAGGAAUGGCAAAGUCUGAUAUUUUUAUCCCGAAAGGCUCAAAGGCUCCCUACCGAUCUCCGAAAGUUCAAGCGAGCGGCUCUAAUCAUUGGUACGAUUGCAGGAAAGCCGAAUACGUGCUAUGUGAACAUGAGCAGUCACGUCGACAUAACUGAGGAAUUUCUCUUCAAGAAUACAGGAGAGAACGAAGGAUUCGGACAAAAUGCAGUCCAAUAUGUGUUCCGCAACGAAGAAGGGGAGGAGUUGUUGGAGAAAGCGGAAAUCAAGGUGUAUCCCAUCACAACUACGGAAUUUAGUGAAUGGUAUAGAAAUGCUCAAGGGCGGUCUUAG